AUGAAAGUGUCGAUCAAGCAGUGGAAUGCUGUUGCAACAUGGCGAUGGGACAUGCCCGAGGAUGACGUCUGUGGUAUAUGUCGCGUCCAGUUCGAUGGUACUUGUCCGACAUGUAAAUAUCCUGGAGAUGAAUGCACCUUACUUAUUGGGAAAUGUGGACAUUCUUUUCAUAUGCAUUGUCUCUUGACAUGGAUUCAGCAAGACUCCUCCAAGGGUCUCUGCCCUAUGUGCCGACAGAAAUUCGAAUGGAAACAAAAUGAAUAG